UUUAGCUCCGCCCACAAACUGUCAACGCCGCACACGGAGAAAUUUAUGCUCGGGCUUUUCUUGGGGCGGGCUUUCAGUCUUUUUCGCCACACAGUCGCUCGGCAGAAGACAAAACAAGGAAACGUGAUAACUUGCUGUUGACGAAAAAAGGAGACAAUCAGGGAAUUAUGAACCACACCGCGUGACACGGAAGCCAAAAGCCCCGACGGGAGCGAAUGGAUUACGGAGCAUAUAACGGACUGAUUGAUUGCAACCACUCAUGAUGGUUUAAACCGCUGCAUGUGUGGAGCUACGUCUCGUCUUGAAACAGGACAUCUCAUCGACCUCUCACAAGGAUUAACGUGGGACACAGAUGCAUUCUUUUGAACGGAUAAACGGGCAACUUGAGUAUACUGGAUAUCUCCCACCACCAGCUUCUCGUUCCUCCCAUAAUGCAUCAAGUUCUUGGUCUGCAAAUACCAUGCAUCAGUACAUGAGUGCAAACUCGGGGAUUCAGCAACCACAGAGCGCAAAUAUUUCCAUUCACAAUGUAGUUUCUGCUAACGGACAAAUGCCGAAUUGGCAGUGUACUGAAGGCCUUCAUAUGUCAGCUAAUUUUUUGAAUAAUAAUUUGAAGGGUUGUAACAGAAUUCCUUCUGGUAAUCCGACAAACACUUCUAACUAUUUUCCAUCGCCAACCUGUGGACCUCAGAUUCUCACUCUGCAAUAUUCUCAUUCAAACUAUGCUAAUCAGAGUUUAGCGAGUUAUUCCUGCCCAAACACUACGUUCCACCACUGGAAUCAAACAGCUGCAGGGAAUGAGGCGCCCACAUCAAGGAUUAAUAAUUCAUCUAAUCUUCAACAAAACCAGUCUUCACACAUAUUGCAUCAACCCUCAACCAGGUAUGUUACCCCAUAUGCAACAUCAGCAUUCCACAACUGGAAUCAAACAGCUGCAGUGAAUGAGGCGCCCACAUCAAGGAUUCAGGAUGCAUCUCAUCUCCAGCAAAACCAGUCUUCCCACAGUUACCAUCAACCAUCAAACGGAUAUGUUACCCCAUGUGCAACAUCAGCUCCUUCACUUCCCUACCAACAGAUGGUCAAGCCAGGCUCAUUGACGUCUGCAGCCUCUCAAAAUGUCCAAACAUAUCAAGUGGCUCAUUACAACUCUGCACUGCAAUCCUCAUCGAUUACACUGGUUCAGAACUUUCCCAACACAAGUGAGAAUUCUCAACAAGCAAGAACUCAACCAAACUCAUCCUAUUACACCCUUGAAGGUCCCACCAACUCCAGAAAUACAAAUGUAAACACUCAGUAUACUCAGAACCCUUCUUCGAGAAAAUUCAUCAAACAUCCCAUAGAUUAUAAGGCACAACAGCAGCUUCUACCUUCUUAUGAAAGCCAUUGUUUCAGUAAUAAAUCCAGACAAUUCAAUCAAACUAUGCAACCUGUGACCUCGGCUGGCUCUCGAAGUUGUAACUUGAGUGCUACCCAACCUCUAUCACUCCAUUCUGUGCAAACUUUACCUCAAGGUGCAAUGCCAAGAGGAACGCUUACUGUAAAUCCUCUUCAGCAAAACACUUUACCGGUGGGUUUCACCAUGAACACAGCAGCAGGGGUGAAAGAGAGAGAGAAGCCAGUCGAUGUUUCAGUCCCUGGCAAUGAUAUGGUCUCGAAAUGUUGUCCAGCAGGAUUCCAAAAUGAGGGUCCAUCAGAGAAAAGCUCAGUGAGGAUAAAUAAAGUUGAUGCAUUCAUGAAACGAUGUCCAAAUCUAAUAAAAAUACUUGGAUAUUCUCCAAAUGUCCAACCUGCAGAAGACUCUGCUCCGCCAGUGCCAGCUCACUCUGCUACCAGGGCUGUUGCUGUUGUGCCACCAUUGUCACAGGAGGAUAGACGUGCCUCCUCUUAUACUCCAACUUGUGAUUCUAAAAAUAUCACAGACAAUGAGCGCAUUACACCUGAAGUGGAAAAAGAGGUUGCAUUUGUAGAGAAGUCUAAUGUGGACCAAGAAGAUCCAAAUCCAGUGACAGUCAACAACACAGCGGCAGGGGAUGGUGCUGUUGUAACAGUCUCAGUCUCUGAAAGACCUAGCUUCUCUCAAGGUUCUGAGCAGGACGGUCUUGGACCACCUACACUGAAAUGUUCAGAUAUACUACCGAGUCAAACCCGUCCUGAGGAACAAAAUGAAGUAACUAAACCUCCAUCACCACCUGUCUUAGAACUUUCUUCCAUCCCAACUGUAACCUGGACAAUGGAUUCUCUAGAUAAUUUAUUGUUAGAAACGGAAAAAGCUCAAGUCAAGCCAAGAGAAGAUGCAAAGCAUUCAGUCAUAGACCAAAUACUAAACACAUUUUGGAAUUUAGACAUUAAAACAUUAGACAAAAAAUACAUGGAUUUUGUAGGAUCAAAGUAUGCUUCUCGUGUUGAGCUCGUAUGCAAACAUAUCCCAAAACAGCGUGUCAUACUAUCACAAAUUCAUCCUGCUUAUAAGGAAAACCUCAAACAAUACCACGUGCUUAAAGAUGAUGAAGUGUAUUCAGAGCAGCUGUAUAAAUCGUUGUGGUUGAAUGUCAACGAUCAGUUGGAUGACAUUGACAAAGAAUUUGGCUUCCCUUGGACUUUGAUGCAGCAUCAUUAUGUGCAUGAGACUUGCAGCCAGAUGAAUACAGCUGACGAUAUUUCCGAACUAGUUGCACAUGAGGUGCAGAACAAAGUUUCAUCGCACCUAGUGUCUGCAUCAGUUGAUCUAACUGAUGACGAUGAAGAAGCCUCUCCUGUUGCAUCCCCCUCAUCAGAAGAUACUUCCUGUGACUCAAAUUACUCAUUUAAGUUGGAUGUUUUGCCUCCAGAAGAAGCCAGAGCGAUCUAUGAAAAAGUUCAAAAUCCGGUUCAUCAAAACCUUGAUUUUGAGGAUGUGAUGAAAGUGAGGGGUUCAUUGCAACCAAAGAUAUCCAACGACUUAGAUGGUGCAGCAGAAUCAAACAUGAAGAACAAACUGGAGCAAAUUCAAGUCAUUUGCUGCUUUGCAAAGUUCAUAGAAAUGCAUUCACCAGUUGCUUCAUCAUCUCUUAGAUGCACGUGCAAAGAAAAACAGAGUUGCAAUGAAAGUGUUGUCAAACCUGAUCUAGAGAACUCUUCAGAAAACACAGACAAUGAACCUAUAACACUAAGUUCCCCAGAGCACUGCUUUAAAAUCGAUAAAAUCAUUGACCUGACUAACGUGGAUGACGACCUCUACUCAAAUUCUGAUCAAGCAUCAGAGAUGACUGACAACAGUUGGUUGAACAUUGUCAGCUCGAGUGAUGUAGAGAAUACAGAUUUUAUCCCUGAAGAACCUGAAAGUGUUAGUGAGAAUGUAAACCCUGCAAUUGCCAUAACCCAAUCAGAAGAUGAGACUUUAAAAGGAGAGGUCAAAUCCACAGAAGCCACUCAGUCUGCUUCUUCAGCCAGUAGUUCCACACAGAAUGAACCCAUGGAACUUCACAGCAGUGAAACUGAAGAUACUCUACAGAUGUCAGAACAUGAAGAAAACUGUGAACAAGCAGAGGAGGCAGAGUCAUGUUUAGAAAACGAAGGACAAACUCAGAUUACCAAUCCAACAUCAUCAAGCCUUCAUGUCAGAGAAAAAACAAAUGAAGAAAGACAGAAAAAACAGAGCAGUCUUGACCCGUUUUCCCCAGACCUAAGUACACCAAAGAAACCCAAACUUCCAACUAGUCCGCUCCUGUUGGACGUCCUUAAAGCCUCCGAAACCAAAACUGUGAAGUUGGCACUGUUUGGCUCAAGAAAAAGAAAGAAUGGUGUUCUGUUUAAAAACCAAAUGAGUCCAACUUCAACAGGUGGUUCUUCAAAUCUUGAACCACCAGAGAUUCUGUCUUUUAAACUGGACACAUCGACGAGGAAACCCACAGAAUCUGGUCUCACAGGAAACAACACGGUUAAACAGGGUUUAUAUCAAGGAUGGUGGAAUAGUAUGCCAACUCUGAAUGGUUCCGUUAAAAAUGGACGCAAAAACAAAUUGAAAAGACAAAAACGUCUACAUGUGUCUGGAUCUACAGAGGAUUCAAAAGAGAAGCAGCGCUCUGUAUCGGUCAAGAAACAUAAGGGCUCACUCAGUCUGAAGAAGAGGAAGAGGGAGCGAUACGGUGUUACGUUGUGCCAGCCUGCAAAUAAGGAUCUGGACAAGAAGCAAGAUAGAGAUGUUCCCACCACGCCACUCAAGGAAAACAUCGUCUUGAAGUUCAGCGUCCUACCAAACACCUUCGACUUCAAAAGUGGGUCCAACAGGGUGAUGGAGGCCCCUGGUCCUGAAUCAGAUGAAACCAAACUAGAAGAAGAAAAAGACCAGAGUCCCGGCCCUACCAAACACCCCAAAGGAAUUUGGUAUUCAAGUCCUGCGAAACUGUACAGGCCUCUGCGUCCUCCCAAGAAUGGCGGUCUCUUUAAUGAGUAUCAGAAGAAGCACAAAGAGAAGACUCGCUCAUCCUCUAAUGAAUAAUCUGCCAGAAUUCACGAGACCUACGUGGUCUUGUUGGUGGUUGAAGGGAGCACUGUACUGUAGACAAACUAAAACUUAAGUCAGUAUUUUUUUUUAUUGUUUACAUUUGUGAAGGGAACUUCCACAGUAUUCCAUAAUCAAUACUUGUAGCAUUUCCAAGGCUGCAGAGUUAAUAUGCUGUGUAUUUAUUAUACUUUAUAUUGACAAAUUAUUUUGGUAUAUUUGCAUAUUUUUUUUACUUUUUAUACCAAUAAGUGGUCUAUGUUUCUUUACCUCACUCCAGUGUUAUUUUGUGGGAAAACUCAUUUGUUUUCUGAAUGUAUGUAAAAACUUCCUUUUUUAAAAGGUCAGUGUUGGAUACAGUUGUUAACUUGUAAAUAAAUGCAAUUUGUUGAAUAUUAAA